GCAAAACACAUCUGGAGACAGUUUAUAUUAGAUGCAUUUACACAGCUACAGUAUUUAGUACAGAGAGACUUCUAUUCGGCCUUGUCAAUCUGACUGUAUAGCUUCGGGCAGAAGCUAAAGUGAGCUCUAGACGUACCACCCAGGCUUUUCCUGUCAGUUACUCUCAAUGGCUCACUGACUGAAGAGGAGCUUCUUUUUGUUGUUGAUCCCCACCCCACGUAUUGGUCACACACAGGGAAUCAAGGAAUGGGAACUUAGUGCUGCUACACCAGCUCUCAUGGAAUUAGCUCGACUUCCUGAUUAUAUCAUAGUCAUGGCCUUUUUCAAAUUGAGGCAUGAUCUGUGUUUACUCAGAAGAAUAGGGAAGCUGAUAAGUUGGCCAUAUCUGUGUACAUGCAAUGAUACACAGAUAAUUAAACUGGCCCUAAUUCAGCUAGCAGUUUGUGAUGAGUAUACUGAAGAAAUAGCCUGCACUCAGAAUGGCCAGAUGUACUUAAACAGGGACAUUUGGAAACCUAGUGCAUGCCAGAUCUGUGUCUGCGACAAUGGAGCCAUUCUCUGUGACAAGAUACAGUGUCAGGAAGUGCUGAGCUGCGCUGACCCUGUGACCCCUCCUGGAGAGUGCUGCCCUGUCUGUCCACAAACACCUGGAAGUGGAAAUACCAAUUUUGGUAGAGGAAGAAAGGGACAAAAAGGAGAACCAGGAUUAGUGCCUGUUGUAACAGGCAUUCGCGGUCGUCCAGGGCCAGCCGGUCCUCCAGGGUCACAGGGACCGAGAGGAGAGCGAGGCCCCAAAGGAAGACCCGGUCCUCGUGGUCCUCAGGGAAUUGAUGGAGAACCAGGAAUUCCCGGCCAGCCUGGUUCUCCGGGGCCUCCAGGCCAUCCUUCUCACCCAGGACCUGAUGGCAUGAGCAGGCCAUUUUCAGCUCAGAUGGCUGGGUUGGAUGAGAAAUCUGGACUUGGGAGUCAAGUAGGGUUCAUGCCUGGCUCUGUGGGUCCUGUAGGACCGAGGGGACCUCAAGGCUUACAAGGGCAGCAAGGUGGCACGGGACCAGCAGGACCUCCUGGUGAACCUGGUGAACCUGGACCAAUGGGUCCAACUGGUUCACGUGGACCCGAGGGCCCCCCUGGGAAGCCAGGUGAAGAUGGUGAAGCCGGUAGGAACGGAAACUCCGGUGAAGUGGGAUUUUCAGGAUCACCCGGAGCUCGAGGUUUUCCUGGGGCUCCUGGUGUUCCAGGCCUGAAGGGUCACAGGGGACACAAAGGACUUGAAGGGCCAAAAGGUGAAAUUGGAUCACCUGGUGCCAAGGGUGAAGCUGGCCCUACUGGUCCAAUGGGUGCCAUGGGACCACUGGGUCCAAGAGGAAUGCCAGGAGAAAGAGGGAGACUUGGGCCACAGGGUGUUCCUGGACAGCGAGGUCCACAUGGAAUGCCUGGAAAACCUGGCCCAAUGGGUCCUCUUGGGAUAGCUGGUUCUCCUGGUUUUCCAGGAAAUCCUGGAAUGAAAGGAGAAGCAGGUCCUACGGGGGCUCGAGGUCCAGAAGGUCCUCAGGGACAGCGAGGUGAAACUGGGCCGCCAGGUCCAGCUGGCUCUCAAGGGCUUCCUGGUGCUAUGGGAACUGAUGGUACUCCUGGUGCCAAAGGCCCCACAGGCUCUGCGGGUACUUCUGGUCCUCCUGGCUUGUUAGGACCCCCGGGAUCUCCCGGCCCUCAGGGUAGCACUGGACCUCAGGGAAUUCGAGGACAACCGGGUGAUCCAGGAGUUCCAGGUUUUAAAGGAGAAGCUGGCCCCAAGGGGGAACCAGGGCCGCAUGGUGUGCAGGGUCCAGUUGGCCCACCUGGUGAAGAGGGCAAAAGAGGUCCUCGAGGUGACCCAGGAACAGUUGGUCCUCCAGGCCCAAUGGGAGAAAGGGGUGCUCCUGGCAAUCGUGGUUUUCCAGGUUCUGAUGGUUUACCUGGACCGAAGGGUGCUCAAGGAGAGCGUGGCCCUGUUGGUUCUUCUGGACCUAAAGGAGGCCAGGGAGACCCAGGACGUCUUGGUGAACCCGGCCUUCCUGGUGCUCGGGGUCUGACAGGAAAUCCUGGUGUUCAAGGCCCUGAAGGAAAACUGGGACCUUUGGGUGCUCCAGGGGAAGAUGGCCGCCCGGGUUCUCCGGGAUCCAUAGGCAUCAGAGGGCAGCCUGGGAGCAUGGGUCUUCCAGGCCCCAAAGGGAGCAGUGGUGACCCUGGAAAACCUGGAGAAGCAGGAAAUGCUGGUGUUGCUGGGCAGAGGGGAGCUCCUGGAAAAGAUGGAGAAGUUGGUCCCUCUGGUCCUGUUGGGCCCCCGGGUCUCGCUGGGGAAAGAGGAGAACAGGGACCUCCGGGGCCCACUGGUUUUCAGGGUCUCCCUGGGCCUCCAGGACCUCCUGGAGAAGCCGGAAAGACAGGAGAUCAAGGUGUUCCUGGAGAACCUGGAGCUGUUGGCCCCUUAGGACCUCGAGGAGAAAGAGGAAAUCCUGGCGAGAGAGGAGAACCAGGAGUCACGGGGCUCCCCGGGGAGAAGGGCAUGGCUGGAGGACACGGCCCCGAUGGCCCAAAGGGCAGUCCUGGUCCCACUGGGACGGUGGGAGACAUAGGACCCCCGGGUCUCCAAGGCAUGCCGGGAGAGAGAGGAAUCGCGGGAACUCCUGGCCCCAAGGGUGACAGAGGUGGCAUAGGAGAGAAAGGUGCUGAGGGCACAGCUGGAAAUGAUGGCGCAAGAGGUCUUCCAGGUCCCUUGGGCCCUCCAGGUCCUGCAGGUCCUACUGGAGAAAAGGGUGAACCUGGCCCUCGAGGUUUAGUUGGCCCCCCUGGCUCCCGUGGCAAUCCAGGUUCUCGUGGUGAAAAUGGCCCAACUGGAGCUGUUGGUUUUGCGGGACCCCAGGGUCCAGAUGGGCAGCCUGGAGUAAAGGGUGAGCCUGGAGAGCCAGGACAAAAGGGGAACUCUGGGUCUCCUGGACACCAAGGGCUAGCAGGAUCCCCUGGUCCUCAUGGUCCUAUGGGUGUUCCUGGAUUAAAAGGUGGUCGAGGGACCCAGGGUCCACCUGGCGCUACUGGAUUUCCUGGUUCUGCUGGUAGAGUUGGACCUCCAGGCCCUGCUGGAGCUCCAGGGCCUGCCGGGCCUAUAGGGGAGCCUGGGAAGGAGGGACCUCCAGGUCUUCGUGGGGACCCUGGCUCUCAUGGGCGAGUGGGAGAUCGAGGACCCGCUGGCCCCCCUGGUGGCCCAGGAGACAAAGGAGACCCAGGAGAAGAUGGGCAGCCUGGUCCAGAUGGUCCCCCCGGUCCAGCUGGAACUACUGGGCAGAGAGGGAUCGUGGGCAUGCCUGGACAGCGUGGCGAGCGAGGCAUGCCUGGCCUGCCGGGCCCAGCGGGCACACCAGGAAAAGUAGGACCAACUGGUGCAACAGGAGACAAAGGUCCCCCUGGACCUGUGGGACCUCCAGGCUCCAAUGGUCCUGUGGGGGAACCUGGACCGGAAGGUCCCGCUGGGAAUGAUGGUACUCCAGGCCGGGAUGGUGCUGUUGGCGAACGAGGUGAUCGUGGAGACCCUGGGCCUGCAGGUUUGCCAGGCUCCUCGGGUGCCCCCGGGACUCCUGGCCCCGUGGGUGCGCCAGGAGAUGCAGGACAAAGGGGAGAUCCGGGUUCUCGAGGUCCUAUAGGGCCACCUGGUCGAGCUGGAAAACGUGGUUUACCUGGCCCUCAAGGACCUCGUGGGGACAAAGGUGACAAUGGAGACAGAGGGGACCGAGGUCAGAAGGGCCACCGGGGCUUCACCGGUCUUCAGGGCCUUCCUGGGCCUCCCGGUCCAAAUGGUGAGCAAGGCAGUUCCGGAAUCCCUGGCCCAUUUGGUCCAAGAGGUCCUCCAGGCCCAGUUGGUCCAUCAGGCAAAGAAGGGAACCCUGGUCCACAUGGGCCAAUUGGACCUCCGGGUGUUCGGGGCAGUGUAGGAGAAGCAGGACCAGAGGGUCCCCCUGGCGAGCCUGGUCCACCUGGCCCUCCAGGUCCCCCUGGCCACCUCACGGCUGCCCUUGGUGAUAUCAUGGGCCACUACGACGAUAGCAUGCCAGACCCACUUCCAGAGUUUACUGAAGAUCAGGCUGCUCCCGAUGACAAGAACAAGACCGACCCAGGGGUCCACGCUACCCUGAAGUCACUCAGCAGUCAGAUCGAAACCAUGCGCAGCCCUGACGGCUCCAAGAAGCACCCGGCCCGGACUUGCGAUGACCUGAAGCUUUGCCAUUCCGCGAAACAGAGUGGUGAGUACUGGAUUGAUCCUAACCAAGGGUCAGCCGAAGAUGCAAUCAAAGUUUACUGCAAUAUGGAAACGGGAGAAACAUGUAUUUCAGCAAACCCAUCCACGAUCCCACUUAAAACGUGGUGGGCCAGCAAAUCUCCUGACAAUAAGCCUGUCUGGUAUGGCCUUGACAUGAAUAGAGGAUCUCAGUUCACUUACGGAGACUAUCAGUCACCUAACACUGCCGUUACACAGAUGACCUUCUUGCGCCUUUUAUCAAAAGAAGCAUCCCAGAACAUUACUUACAUCUGUAAAAACACCGUAGGGUACAUGGACGAUGAAGGCAAGAACCUCAAGAAAGCUGUCCUUCUUAAAGGCGCAAAUGACUUGGACAUCAAGGGAGACGGGAACAUUAGAUUCAGAUACACAAUUCUUCAAGACACCUGCUCUAAGCGAGAUGGAAAUGUGGGCAAGACUGUCUUCGAGUACAGAACGCAGAACGUGGCGCGCUUGCCCAUCAUAGAUAUUGCCCCUGUGGAUGUUGGCGGCACAGACCAGGAAUUUGGCGUUGAAGUCGGGCCAGUUUGCUUUAUGUGACACAAGCCCGGAGACAUCAGCAGUGUACCCACCCUCGAUGACGACCGUCGCCGUUCAUGAGGACUUUGCCUGUUUGAAGCUGAUCCUGAGACUCUUGAAGUAAUGGCUGAUUCCACUUAAGUGUUGUACAUAUGAUCCUAAGUGCCCGGCCUCCUUGCCCUUCAGAAUAUUUAUUUUACUUACCAGUCUUGAAUUUUAAUUGACCUAAAAUAUUUUUCAGUAGGAAAGUUUAGGUUUAAGACAACCAUUGACAAUGACCACCUUUUAAAAAAAGUAAACUGAUGAAAUAAAUAAAUAUAUCUUUUCUUCAAUUUAUUUCGAUGCAAUGAAAAAAUUGCUUAGUAUUUAUGAAGAAAUUCUUCUUUCUGGCAGGUAGUUAAAGAAUGGGGUAUGUAAAAGUACAACACAUGUCUAUUUUGCUUGGCUGUGGUUUUAUGAAUAGAAAGUAGAGCCCUUUUGUGACCUCCCAUUCCCGGAUUAUCAAUGAAAAAUAAAAAUAUUUAACUUUGCAAUUGAAACCCACAUCCACAUCUUGAUACUGUGUAACAAUUAUAGAAAAUCUUUAAUUUAAAAAAAUCAAGUUUUUCAUUGCCUUAAAUGGAAUUUUUAAACAGUCUAUAUUCAGUGGAACUUCAGGAGAAAAAAGUGAAAUUGCUUCAACUUCUUGAAGUUUUGUAAAGGCUGAUAUGUUUAUAUUCACUUCUAAUUUUCACAAUGCCGUUUCCCUUUUGAUGCAUUCAGUCAAAACAGAUAGAUGUUGUAUAGGUAUAGCAUUUAAUACAUUUGUAUUUUCUUACCUAAGAGAAAACUGAACAAAAUAAUGUACAUAUAUAUCUUAUGAAUACAUGUCCAGGUCCCAAAGUUGAGACUCUUCCAUAUGUACAGUCGCAUCAUGCUGAAGCCUAUAAUGAAGAAAAAGAUGUAGAAACCCAGAGUUGUGGAGUUGCCUCUAAUCAGAUGUGAUGAUUGGGAUUAGAACAUUUGGCCUUUGAACUUUUAUAGACAAAAAUGACUCAACAUUGGGCCGGGGAUUUAGCUCAGUGGUUCUGCUGUUUGUCUCAUAAGCGCAAGGUCCUGAGUUUGAUCCUCAGUAUGAAAAAAAAAAAAAAAGACCCAACAUUUCUUAGCAUGAGCUACCUCAUCUCUAGAAGCUGGGAUGGACUUACUAUUCUUGUUUAUAUUUUAGAUACUGAAAGGUGCUAUGCUUCUGUGAUUAUUCCAAGACUGGAGAUAGGCAGGGCUAAAAAUUAUUAUUAUAAUGAUGAUAUUCUUUAAUGAUGGUGCUAAAAUUCUUUCUAUACAAUUCUUUAAAAAUAAAGACUAUUUCAUCAAUACACUUGUGAAGACGUAACUGUUAGAUUUCCCAUGUCCAAAAGGUGCGGUGGUGUCCCAGCUCCUUUCUGUGCUUGGCUCCUUUCUGUACCGUACCCACUGUGCUUUAUAAUACUUUCAUGUUUCUUAGACCAGAGCAUACAGGUCCUCUUGAGUCUCUAGAAAUUUUUUUUUCCUUAAUUGCAUUUAUUGUUUCCAUUUUUAUUUCUUAGUUAAAAAUAAACAGGGGCAUCCCAAGGACAAGCCAUGCACACAACUUUGGUCAUAUAUCUCUGCAAGGCAUCAAAUUAAAAGCAUGCUUUUUGUCAUGCCAGUGUUUUCUCGUCACCUGUCUCUCUUGUAUUAUGCUAGAGUUAUGAUUUUCCGUUUUCUCCUUCAAUGUUUCUUCAGGCCACAUACUCUGCUCCAUUUUCGCUGUCACCGGUCCUCGUUCACAUAUCCUGGGCUCUUUUUGUGGUCUUCCAACAGAUUUUCAAACAUUCACUCUUCCCCUCUUCUUCCCUUCUUCCUGUGAUAAUCAAUCUGUCAAUCAAUUUGAUCUGCUGAUCAAGUGAUCAAUUCGAAAUACGAUUCUGAAUAUGUUACAAGUCACUUGCCCCACCCCACUAAUACAAGACACACACAUACAUACAUACAUACACAAAAUACAU